AUGGCGAAUAAGUUUGGAUUGGGUUCUUUAUCUUUAGAAACUAAAAAACCUAACACUACAGCGUGGAUAAAUAAAGCGAAACCUUACUUUGUGGAUCAAAUCGGAGACACUCUUCAAGGUGAUUUAGAUAUGAACAAUUUUAGCAUAACUAAUUUAAAGUCUCCGGAAAACGAUAAUGACGCCGUUCACAAGAAAUAUUUACGGGAACAAAUAAAUUCAAUUGAAGUAAAUAAAAACCAUUUAGAAGAUAUAAUAAGUAAUGUUAAAAGAUUCUUCAAACGUCAACUGAAUAAUAAAAAUUUUGUUAAUGAUACUAAACUGCAGCAAGAGGAUAAGAUUGCAAAACAAAAAUUAGACAUUCAACAAUUGAUAGAUAACGUUCCAGAUGAAAAUGAAGAUACGUUUCAACAGGAAUUAAAUGUUCUGGAAACUAAACUUAACAGUGAAUUACAAAAAGAACUAUCAAAUAUUAAAAAACAAAUACAAAAUACAGAUGAUAGCGAAAUCAAAACCUAUAUUCAACAACAAAUACAAAACAUAGAUGAUAGCGAAAUCAAAACCUAG